AAUUUUUUGAUGCCUUCUGGUUUGAAGAAUCUCCAGCUGCUCUGUUGAUAGGUUAAGAAGACUGUAUACUGUUCCCGCUCGAUGCCAAGCCAGGCCCCUGCAGAACCUGGGAUCUCAGUCCUUCAUGGAGACCAAGUCCCAGCAGGAAUGACAGUGGAAGAAAUUUGCACCCAGAUGGUUCCUCCACGUGAAGUUGUUUUGGGCUGUGGGCCGACUCGAGAACACCUGGUAACCAGGCUAGCCCUCUGUCAGUCACCCAGGGCCGGGCAGCAUGGUGUGGAUUCAGAGGAGGAAGCUUUUGGCAUCUUGCCUAUGCAUCACAGCCUCCGUCUUUCUGCUUGUCACACUCCAGGUAGUGGUUGAACUGGGAAAAUUUGAAAGGAAGAAGUUUAAAAGUUCCAAUUUGCGAGAUGGACAGGCAAAGAUGGAAGAGGAGCCUGCGCAUCUCUAUCCACUCCCUGGAAAAGAAGCACUGACCUUGGAUAGGAAAACCCAGCUGGAAACUGAUAGCUACCCCAUCAUGCUCUGGUGGUCCCCACUGACUGGGGAGACUGGAAGACUCGGCCAGUGCGGGGCAGAUGCGUGUUUCUUCACCAUCAACCGGACCUUCCUACAUCAUCCCAUGACCAAAGCAUUCCUCUUCUAUGGCACUGACUUUAAUAUAGAUAGCUUACCUCUGCCUCGGAAAGCCCAUCAUGACUGGGCCCUUUUUCACGAAGAGUCUCCAAAAAACAAUUAUAAGCUCUUCCACAAGCCAGUCAUCACCUUGUUCAACUACACUGCCACGUUCAGCCGGCAUUCCCACUUGCCCCUGACCACCCAGUACUUGGAGGGUGUAGAAGUCCUGAAGUCACGCCGAUACCUGGUCCCUUUGAGGUCCAAAAACAACCUUCGAAGAAGACUUGCUCCACUGGUGUACGUCCAGUCAGACUGUGACCCGCCGUCAGACAGGGACAGCUAUGUUCGAGAGCUGAUGACUUACAUUGAGGUCGAUUCCUAUGGUGAGUGUUUACGAAACAAAGAUCUCCCUCAGCAGCUGAAAAAUCCAGCCUCUAUGGAUGCCGAUGGCUUUUAUAGGAUCAUCGCACAGUAUAAGUUUAUUCUUGCCUUUGAGAACGCAGUGUGUGACGACUACAUCACUGAGAAGUUCUGGAGACCUCUGAAACUGGGGGUGGUCCCUGUGUAUUAUGGAUCCCCCAGCAUUGCAGACUGGCUCCCGAGUAAUAGAAGUGCUAUUCUCGUAUCAGAAUUUGCUCACCCUAGAGAACUAGCAAGUUACAUCAGACAACUGGAUCAUGAUGACAGACUAUACGAGGCCUACAUAGAAUGGAAGCUGAAGGGUGAGGUCUCUAAUCCGCGACUUCUUACAGCACUCAGGGAACGGAAAUGGGGAGUGCAAGAUGUCCACCAGGACAACUACAUCGAUGCAUUUGAGUGUAUGGUGUGCAGCAAGGUGUGGGAUAAUAUCCGGCUUCUGGAAAAGGGUUUACCACCCAAAAGGUGGAAGGCUGACGUGACACACCUGAGUUGCCCGGAGCCUGCGGUGUUUGCUUUCUCAUCUCUGGCUCCACGUUGGAGCUCUUUGCGGGACAUGUGGAUACCAAGCUUUGAGCAAUCCAAGAAAGAAGCCCAGGCACUAAGGUGGCUGGUUGAUAGGAAUAAAAAUUUUUCAGCUCAAGAGUUUUGGGCCCUGGUAUUCAAGGACUAAUUUCUACAAGUGUCAGAAUGAUAUAGACUAGAGCUCUCCUGAGGUUUAUUUUCUAGGUUGCCUAAAUACAUGAAUAUCAUAGCUACUUUGUUGACCCUCCUUUAGGAUAAGAAGUACUUGCUGCAGUACUCAUAAUGAGCCCUCUCAGAUAAUGGAUGUGAAUUGCCCUUAGGGGUCACCUCUCUAUUUUUUAUACUAAAAAAGUAAGUAUUUCUUAUGGUCACCUUCCAUUUACAUGUCUGGACCCAUGUACCUGCCCCCUUUUGUGGAAAUUCGGCUAAUGUGGAGUGAGUGCUUCCCUCCCUGCAAGCGAGGCAGAGGGCGGAGCUGUGGAUUCUUGAUACUCACCUCACUGUCUGCAGUUUAUUAGUAUUUGGCAAGCCCAGUGUCCUGAUGCUGAGCAUGAACGUGAAAUGCAUUAGAACUUGGCAAUGAGAGAUUCCAUCUGUUGGUUUCCAGGGAUGUAAGUGAGUAAUAAAAGCUGUGUGAAUUUUAUCCGCUUUUUCUCUUCAAGUCAGAAGAACGUAUGCCUGUCUGCCUUCUUACUCUUACUACCUGUCUUUCUUCUUUUCAUCUUGCCCUGCCUCCUCCCCCCCUUUCCCCCCACCGAAGUAGAAUGUCUUAUGAAGAUGAGCCUCCUCCUUGUGUGUUUUGAACAGUGAGAUGUUCCCCAUGGUCCCUUAUCCUGCAGAACAGAGUAAUAAUCCUGUGAUCCAGGCCGGACACCCUGUACCGUCCAAUCAAUGUGAGAGUGGAAGUGAAUGGCCCCCAGGAACUCUGGUUGUGUUGUGUAGGAUGAUGUACAGCCUGUAAUAGUGGGCAGCCCAUUCUGGUGGGUGAGCAUUCCCUGUCAUUUCUGAUCCUGUCACAGAGAAGUUUCGGCUGUCCUGUCGGGAGCAUCCACUGGAGCUCUGUAAAAGACAAGGAGACAACAUUGGCUUGCGUUUUCUUCCCAUGUGGGGGUGGGGAGGCUUUUAGAGGAUCCUAAAGCCUGUUGCUAGCGGACGUAUCCUGGCUUUGGUGCUUUUUAUUGUGGAAAGACGUCAGCUCCCGAGGACCGGAAGAGUCCCUGAUUCUCAUGUCCCCGAUGUGGCGUGUGGAUGAAACUUAGGACAGCUCCCAUGGUGCCAGCUACCCCUUUCCCCCAGGCCAGUGCCUUCAUGUACCAGCCAUGCGCAAUCUCUUCCAUGAGGAGCGCUCUCCCUGGCUGUGCAGGGGGAAUGAGGACUGAAACCAGUACAUUCACUCAGGAACAAGAAAGGUCACAUUGCUGGGUGGGAGAAGGUUCAAUGACUGCAUUUUUCUCAAUCCCAGCACUGCCAUUAACUGCAUAUGAUUUGGUACAACUCUCUUAACCUCCCUGGGCCUUAGUUUUUGCACCUACAAAGAAGCGAUUGGGCUGGUCAUUGAAGUUCUUCUCUGAGUAAUGUUCUUUAUUUAUCAAAAUUAAGAAGUUUAAUUUUGUAGAACUUUUUACUCAGGCAGUAGCAAGUCAUUUAGAGCCACUGCAUGGUUUUCAAGGGAAGAAAGCUCUUUGGAGGAAGAAGCAUACUUCUUGGGUGGUAUUAGGGAUAGAAAGUAGGUUAUCUCUGCCAUUUUUUUCCUGAUGAUAUCCAAAGCGAAAGCAUUGGAAAGGGGGAGUGUUUGUUACAGACCAGAUUUUAAAUUGUAUAUUAAAUGAGUUUUGUGGUCGUACUCUUAGUAAAAAGCCCAGGAUGUGAUGUGUGCAUUUGGUGAGGUAUUAUCUGAGAGAUAUUUAGUUCUCUGCAAAUGCCUUAAACAAAUACCCAGUGCUCAUGUCCACAAUAGCCAAACUGUGGAAAGAGCCAAGAUGUCCAUCGACAGAUGAAUGGAUAAAGAAGAUGUGGUAUAUAUACACAAUGGAAUAUUAUGCAGCCA